AGCUGCAUUUUAGAAAGAUUACAUUUCCGAUUGCACGUUGCAAUUAAAUCAAGCCGCCUUGUCUUCUGAACUCGAUCGACUGUCCUUCGUCUACUCCAUCUUUCCGUGAACUCUGGAUUAAUCCAGGGUACCGGCAGAGUGUGGAAAGGGGUCGGGUGGAGAUGGAGGAAGGGGAGCGGCGGACGUCGUCGUACGACGGUUUCUUCCUCUCUCUGUUGCUUCUCCUCGCAGGUGGUUGGCUCGUUUCUGCGGAGGCCGUCGGCGAGGGAGGCUCCCGGAACAACAGUCUCUGUGCGGCCGUUAUCAGGCCGCUCGGUUACCCAUGUUUCGAGCACACGGUUGAGACAAAGGAUGGAUACAUUUUGGCCAUACAACGCAUUCCCAAUGGACGAGAAUUGGUCAAAUCUGAACCUGGUCCUGCUGUUUUUCUUCAGCAUGGUCUUUUUCAGGGUGGGGAUACUUGGUUUGCAAACUCCAUUGAAGAGUCCUUGGGGUUUAUCCUUGCUGAUUCUGGUUUUGAUGUGUGGGUUGGAAAUGUACGUGGGACAAAUUGGAGCCAUGGGCAUGUUUCCCUUUCUGAGAGCAACAAGGAGUUCUGGGAUUGGAGUUGGGAGGAAUUGGCUCUAUAUGACCUUUCAGCUAUGAUUAAUUAUGUUUAUUCAGCGACAAAUUCUAAAGUUCACUUUGUUGGACAUUCACAGGGAACUAUAAUGGCUCUAGCAGCCUUUACUCAGCCAAUGAUAUCAGAGAUGGUGGCAGCUGCAUCCCUUUUAUGUCCUAUAUCUUAUCUUGAUCAUAUUAGUUCCCACUUUGUUCUUAGAGCUGUAAGCAUGCAUGUCGAUCAGAUGCUGGUGGCUAUUGGCUUGCAUCAGCUUAACUUCCGCAGUAACAUAGGGAUCCAAGUACUAGAAUCUGUAUGUGAUGGUCAUAUCAACUGCAGUGAUUUAUUAUCAGCUAUAACAGGGAACAAUUGUUGCUUCAAUAACUCUCGUGUGGAUCAGUAUCUUAAAUAUGAACCUCAACCUUCAUCAACCAAAAACCUUAGGCAUCUAUUCCAAAUGAUUCGUAAGGGCACGUUUUCAAGGUUUGAUUAUGGACCAUGGGGAAAUUUGAAAUCUUAUGGCAGUUUGAAGCCUCCUGCCUUUGAUCUCACAAACAUUCCAGAUUCAUUGCCACUGUGGAUUGCUUAUGGUGGACAGGAUGCACUAGCAGUUCCAACAGAUAUCGAUCAUACUCUCCAGGAAUUGCAACCUGAACCGCAGAUGCUUUAUUUAGAUUCUUAUGGUCACAUGGAUUUCAUUUUGAGCCCAUAUGCUAAAACAGAUGUAUAUGAUAAGUUGAUUGAGUUUUUAAGAUCAUGUGGAAGGAGGUCUACUUAUUAAGGUUGGAUCUGUUAAUGCUAUCCACAAUGUAUAUGAGGUGGAUGGUAAUUUGCUUGCUUUUACUCUUCAGGCUUAAGCAGUGGAGCCUUUUCCUUGUAUAUAAUGGAUAAAAGCAUAAAAGUGGAAAGUUUCAAACCGUCAACCGAGAAAUUGCAUUCAAACGUUCUUUUA